ACGAAAUCAAAAUAAUAAAUUUUCGACGUAAUAAUGCGAUUACGGUAAAAUUCUGAUAAAAAAUCUCGUCAAAACCGAGGAAAAAUACGUGAAACGUGUAAAUAUUCGCAAAAACUAAGCAUUACGCGUGUUAAAAGUGUCUCAAGUGCCCGAAAAACGACAAAAAUUGACGAAAAUAGGUGCCACUGAAAAAACGUGUUAAGCAAAAACAUUGAUAUUGUGUAUUUAUAUAUUGUGGCAAAAGCAAAACAAAUAGAUAAAGGGCCGUUUUGCCAGACAUUUUGUGUCGCAAAGUGAAUGCAUGGUGCCAAAUUGCGCACAAAAGUGCAGGAAAAAGGACAAAAGUAGGCAAAAAGUGAAAUAUUACGCCAAAAAAAUCCCCGAGAAACGAGUCGAAAAUUCCAAGUGACUCACUUGCAAAACACGACGUAUAUUAUGAAUGAAUUGGGAAUUCCAAUGAAAUAUUUUUGUGUUUGAGUGUCAAAGUUCGAUCCUAUUUUGAGAUGUAAACGCAUCUUGUCGCGCAAAAAGACUCGAAUACGAGGAAAAUCCUUGAACAGAAAAACAUAGUAGCAGUGAUAGGAUAAAAGUUGUUGUUGAAAAAAUAAUUGAGACGUAAAAAGCAGAAACCAGAGAAACCUAAUACAAUAUACAUACGCGCAGUGUGUCGCCGUAGAGUGCUACAGAAGUGAAUACAGUGAUAUCAGUUACAAGUAUAUAAUAGUAAAUACGUCGUCGCGUACUUGAAGAAAUAGUAAUUUACGCAGUUACGACACGAGUGCAUAAAACCCCCACACAACGCUACACACAAACGCUGCAUACCUUUAUCCGUUGAUACGUUGCUCGUGUUUGGAAGAGUUGAAUGCAUAUAAUUCAUUCACCAGUUGUUUUAUUAUUAUUAUUUACAACGACGCAAAAAAUAUGAGUAAAUGAUAAGUGAGAUAGUAGUACGAAAUUGGCCGAAAGAACGACGUAGAAGAAGCGAGGAGUACGAAAAUGAGCAAUUCAAAGAACUUUGAAGCAACGGCGCCCGCCAAAGAAACCGUGGAGAUCGUCAAAGAGGGAUGGAUACACAAGCGCGGCGAACAUAUCAAAACGUGGCGCCCGCGCUAUUUUGUCCUCAAAACAGACGGAAGUCUCGUGGGAUACAAAGUCAAGCCAGACGACACAGAAACGACGGAACGUUGUAACAACUUCACGGUGCGCGGAUGUCAGAUUAUCACGCGAAAUGAACCGCGACCUUAUACCUUUCUAAUACGCGGACUGCAAUCGAAUACGACAAUUGAACGGAUGUUUUGCCUGGAAGCCGAAGAGGAUCGCAUCAAAUGGGUCGAAGCAAUCAAUAAUGUCGCCAACAAAUUAAACGAAGCCGAAAUGCUAGCGGUACAAUCGUUAGAUGCUGAUGUCGAGGUAGCUGCCAUUGCCGAAGACGAGCUGCUGGAUCAGAAGUUUUCGUUGCAAGGCACUUCCUCGAACAGCGGAAGACGAAAAGUUACCUUCGAGAAUUUCGAGUUCUUGAAGGUGCUUGGUAAGGGAAACAAUGGAAAAGUUGUCCUGUGUCGCGAAAAAACCAAAGGUCAACUAUAUGCCAUCAAGAUACUGAAGAAGGAGAAUAUCAUCCAGCACAAGGAUAUUAAACAGAUAAUGGCUGAGAACAGAGUAUUAAGAAAUUGUAAUUUACAUCCAUUCCUUAUCUCACUCAAAUACGCCUUUCAAACUGCCGAUCGUCUCUGUUUUGUGAUGCAAUAUGUCAACGGAGGUGAACUUUAUUUCCAUUUGAAACGUGAACGUCAAUUCUCGGAGGAGCGAACGCGUUUCUAUGGCGCCGAAAUUGUCUCAGCGCUCGGGUAUUUGCACGCACACGGCGUCAUCCAUCGUGAUUUGAAACUUGAAAAUUUGCUGCUCGACAAAGAUGGACACAUCAAAGUAGCGGAUUUCGGUUGCUGCAAAGAGGGUCUCACGUAUAACGGCACAACAAACACCUUUUGCGGCACUCCGGAAUACUUGGCGCCCGAAAUUGUCGAAGACAACGAUUACGGGCGCGGAGUUGAUUGGUGGGCAACGGGCGUGAUACUGUACGAAAUGAUGAUCGGUAGACCGCCAUUCCUCAAUGAAAACCAAAAGAUCCUAUUUGAACAGAUUGAGAAGGAAAAAGUGCGAUUCCGUCGCUCGAUUUCCAUCGAAGCGGAAAGUCUUCUCAGCGGCUUGCUGGAAAAAUCGCCAAGCAGGCGACUCGGAUGUGGACCCGACGAUCACAAAGAGAUACAACGGCACAAAUUCUUCGCAUCGAUAGACUGGAAUAAUCUCCUUAAAAUGACACCGCCAUUCAAGCCUCAGGUUACGUCAGACACAGAUACGCGAUAUUUUGACUCUCAAUUUACGGGAGAAAGUGUCGAGUUGACGCCUCCAGAUCCAACUGCCCCAUUAGCCAUUAUCGACGACAAGCGUUUUUCGCAAUUUAGUUACCAAGAUUUGUCGUCGACCGUCGAAAAUCACUCGUACUUGAGUGGUGUGAAUCCCUUUUACAGCAGGCUACAGUAAAAUAGACUUUUUACGUUAACAUUUUUUGUUUCCUGAUAUUUUAUUAUAUUACAUGAAAGUUCCUCAAUUUAUUCUCUCAACAAGAAAUUACUCUUUGUAAAAACUAAACGAGUAGCAAAUCGAUAUCGAAAUGAAAAAAAAAUCGUUGAUCAAUCGCCAGGGGCGAACAAUGAUGAUAAAAACACACACAGUAUACUAAAUUAGUACUAAUAGACUAAAUUAACGCGUUUCCUUUAAUUUUUAAUUAAUUAUAUUUUACAUUAAUUAUAUUAUAUACAAACUUAUAUAACAACGGUGCUCAUUAGCUUAAUUUUAUAAACAAAAUAUUAUUCAUGUAAGAAACUCUAAAUAUGUAAUUCUUAGAUUAAUUUAAACAAAAAAUAUUUUAUGUAAAUUAUUAUCUAGAAUAAUUUUUAAGUUAAU